AUGGAGAAGCAAGAUGAAGUUGCCUUACCAUGGCCAGAGAUAGAUGACACGGACGACGCGAUCGAAAGGCACUCCAGGAUUCUGCAGCAAAAUAUCAGAAAUAACAAUAUUCGCCAUCAAAACGAAAAGCGAGCGCUAGAACGCAGCAACACAAAGCUCCUUGUUCGUAUUGAGGAGUUAGAACGAGAACAUGAGGAGUUGAAGCGUCAGCUUGAGGCUGCCAUCCAGGCUUCUACGUCCACCGUACCGCAAAUCGAACCCUUGUCGACGCCCAACACACACGCUCUUCCACGCAGUUCCGCAACCGUCGCGACCCAGGAGGCAACAGUCCCUUUUCAUGAAUACAAAGAGCUCGAGCGCAUGUACAAGGUCAUCCUCCGGGAGAACGAUGGGCUGAGACUGAACUCGGAAAUGAUGGCCAAGCAGAAUGCCUCGAUGAAAAGCCGGGUCAAGGAGUGGAACACAUGGGCCUCUAAGGAGCGCGAAAAAAGGCCUGUCUCAGCUGCUGCAGACCUCCCGGAAAUCAUUUCAUCCGACAUUCCGGAGGAGCUCCCACAGAUCACUGAUGUAUCAGCAACACUUCCUCAUUCAAAAGAUGAGGAAGCGGAGCCUGCUGAUACUCAGGUCACGGCACCACCUGUCCCUGCGCUUCUCAACAGAGUCAGCACCCUUGAUCUCGAUGAUAUGGGAAUUCGGAUACAAACACCAAGGAAGCGUCGUCGUAUGCAGGAUGCCAUCCGCAAAUCGCAGCUGCAGAACGAUGGCUUACCGAAGAACCGAAACUAG